AUGUUAGUUAGGAAGCGAAACCGAGGAGCAGAAGCCACAGCCAGAGCCGAAGCCCUUGAGCGACUUAAAGCGCUCCGCAGUGGUGGCCGGAGAUCUGAAAAUGGCAGCGGUUACUCCAUCAAAAUGGAAGAUCCAAUCUACGAUUCCGUCCCCGAGGACGAGUAUAACAAUCUCGUCGCUCGCCGCCGUGAGGAAGCUCAGGGUUUCAUCGUUGACGAUAACGGCCUCGGUUACGGCGACGAAGGUCAAGAAGAGGACUGGUCUCAGGCCGGAAUAUCUCUUUCGUCGGAUGAAUCGGAUGGUGAGGGUUUGAGUAAGAGUAGAUCUAGAAAGAAGAAAAGUGAAAAGAAAGAGAAAGAGAAAGAGAAAGAGAAGGACGUGAAGAAAGGGAAUGCUUCUUUGACGGCUGCUGCGACGGCCAUUAUGGGGAAAACGAAGAUAUCUGCUAUGUUUACAUCAAAUGUUUUUAAAAAUAGGGAUUCUGUUGGUAAGGUAAAAAGUUUUGAUUGUGAAAGUAUUAUAGAUGAUGUUAUUGCGGAGUUUGCUCCUGAUGAAGCUGAUAGAGAAAGGCGUAGAAGAGGACAGUUAAUUGUGAAGAAUGCUACACCAAUUAAGAGCGAAAGCCAUUUUUUUGAUAACAGUAAUAAUGCUAAUUCUAUGGUUAAAGCAGAAUUGGAUAGGGAUUUUAGUAAUUAUGGUGAUUAUAAGGGUGGCGUUGAUGAGAAAAAUGAGGGAAUUAUUGAAGUGAAAGAGAAGAAGGGAGAGGAGAAAUUGUCUAAUCUGGUUAAAGAGGACGUUGGAAUUGUUAUGGAAGUGAAAGCGGAGGAGGCAGUAGUUAAGAAGGAUGGUAAAGGCACACUUAAUGCGAAGAUUAGUAAGGAUGAGAGGGAUCCAGCGUUGAGUGCGACCGCUGGGUGGAAGGAGGUGAUGAGUGGUACGAAUGAGGUUGGGGCUGGUGGUGGUGCUGGGGUGGCGGAGGAGGUUAAAAGUGGGGCAAGUUGUGAGGAGCAGUCAGAGUUUGAUCUGGAUGGUGAUGGGUCAUUGCCUUUUUACAUUCUUGAUGCUUAUGAGGAGAUUUUUGGUGCUAAUAUGGGCACCCUCUAUUUGUUUGGGAAGGUUAAAGCCGGAGAUACAUAUCACAGUUGCUGUGUGGUUGUAAAGAACAUGCACAGAUGUGUUUUUGCAAUUCCAAAUAGUUCUAUAUUCCAUACUGAUGAGAUGAUCAGGCUAGAGAAAGAGGUUGAAGAGUCACUGAUUUCUUCCACAGAUUUCCGUAAAAAGCUGCAAGACAUGGGAUGUGAACUAAAGAAUGAAGUAGCAAGCCAAUUGUUAAGUCUCAAUGUUUCAAGUUUCAGCAUGGCUCCGGUUAAGAGGAGAUAUGCUUUUGAGCGCUCUGAUAUACCUGUUGGGGAGAAUUAUGUACUCAAGAUCAACUAUCCAUUUAAGGAACCUCCACUCCCAGCAGAUAUGAAAGGGGAAACUUUCUGCGCUUUGCUCGGAACUCAUUGCAGACUCAUUUUCAAAUCUGAUACAAAUAUUGAAUUGAGUGCUUUAGAGCUUUUUCUUGUUAAAAGGAAGGUAAAGGGACCUUCGUGGCUAUCAGUUUCAAAAUUUGCAACUUGUCCAGCUUCUCAAAAGGUGAGCUGGUGCAAGUUUGAGAUUAUUGUUGAAUUUCCAAAGGACAUACAAGUUUCAUCUUCUUCAAAGAGCAAAAUAGAGAUUCCUCCAGUUGUUGUUGCUGCAAUAAAUCUGAAAACUGUCAUAAAUGAAAAGCAAAAUGUAAAUGAAAUAGUCUCUGCAUCUGUCAUUUGCUGUCACAAGGCCAAGCACAUAUAUACAAAGACAAUGUCAUCUGAUCUUAGUUCAUAUGUCAAUUUGAGUAAAAAGGCACUUGGAAAAGGUGUCAUAUAUUAUUUGACUGGCAGUGAUGUUAGAUGUAGGCUUGUUGCUUUUAUCCAGGAUAAAGUUGAUUUCAUGAGUGCUGUCCCAUUUUAUACCAUGCAAAUUGACACUCCCAUGUUGGCCUCUGAAUGGAAGAAACCUGGUAUGCUGAGCCAUUUUACUGUUGUUCGCAAGCUUGAUGGAGGAAUAUUCCCAAUGGGAUUUUCCAAAGAGGUUACAGACAGAAACACGAUGGCUGGAUCAAAUGUUUUGGCUGUUGAAAGCAGUGAAAGAGCGCUGUUAAAUCGUUUGAUGAUUGCAUUACACAAAUUAGACAGUGAUUUUCUUGUUGGACAUAAUAUAUCCGGGUUUGACCUUGAUGUUCUUCUCCAUAGAGCACAGGCUUGCCGGGUGCCAAGUAGCACGUGGUCCAAAAUAGGCCGUCUCAAGCGUUCUGUGAUGCCUAAACUUACAAAAGGAAAUGCCAUUUUUGGCUCUGGGGCAAGUCCAGGGAUCAUGUCUUGCAUUGCUGGUCGGCUCUUAUGUGAUACAUAUCUGGCUUCUCGUGAUUUAUUAAAAGAGGUUAGUUAUUCCUUGACGCAACUUGCAAAGACUCGGCUGAACAAAGACCGUAAGGAGAUUGCACCACAUGAUAUUCCCACAAUGUUCCUGACAUCAAAGUCCCUUAUUGAACUAGUUGAAUAUGGUGAGACAGAUGCAUGGUUAUCUAUGGAACUCAUGUUUCAUUUGAGUGUUCUUCCUCUCACACGCCAGCUGACCAAUAUCAGUGGGAAUCUCUGGGGUAAAACUCUUCAAGGUGCCAGGGCACAAAGAGUAGAGUAUCUUCUAUUGCAUGCAUUCCAUGCUAAGAAAUAUAUUGUCCCAGACAAGAUGUCAUCUCGUGUAAAGGAAACAAAAAUGACAAAGAGGAGAAUGAAUGAUGGCAUUGAAGAUAGAAAUACUGACGGGUUGGACACUGAUGCUGCCAAUUUUGAAAAUGAUAAUCAACACAGUGGUAAUGGGAAAAGUAAAAAAGGUCCUGCCUAUGCAGGUGGAUUGGUUUUGGAGCCUAAAAAAGGUUUAUAUGACAAAUAUGUAUUGCUUCUGGAUUUCAAUAGUCUUUACCCCUCAAUUAUUCAGGAAUACAAUAUCUGCUUCACUACAGUUGAAAGGUCUAUGGAUGGAUUGAUUCCUCUUUUACCUUCCAGUAAAACAACUGGAGUUCUGCCCGAGCUGCUGAAAAAUUUAGUUGAGAGAAGAAGAAUGGUUAAGUCAUGGAUGAAGAAUGCAUCUGGUCUCAAAGUCCAGCAGCUUGACAUUCAGCAACAAGCACUAAAGCUCACCGCAAAUAGUAUGUAUGGAUGCCUUGGGUUUUCCAAUUCAAGAUUUUAUGCAAAGCCACUUGCAGAACUAAUAACUCUACAGGGAAGGGAGAUUUUACAAAGUACCGUUGAUCUUGUUCAGAAUAAUUUAAACUUAGAGGUGAUCUAUGGUGAUACAGAUUCAAUUAUGAUUUAUAGUGGACUAGAUGAUAUUCCAAAAGCAAAAGCUAUUGCAGGGAAAGUCAUCCAGGAGGUUAACAAGAAGUAUAGGUGUCUAGAAAUUGAUCUUGAUGGCUUGUACAAAAGAAUGCUUCUUCUUAAGAAGAAGAAAUACGCAGCUGUUAAGGUGCAAUUCAAGGAUGGGACACCAUAUGAGGUUAUUGAACGUAAAGGUCUUGACAUGGUUCGUCGUGACUGGAGCUUGCUAUCAAAGGAAUUGGGAGAUUUCUGCCUGGCUCAAAUUUUGUCUGGAGGGUCAUGUGAGGACGUAGUCGAAUCAAUACAUAACUCCCUCAUGAAGGUACAGGAAGAUAUGAGGAGUGGACAAGUAGCACUUGAGAAAUAUGUCAUCACGAAGACAUUGACUAAACCACCUGAAGCCUAUCCUGAUGCCAAAAACCAACCCCAUGUUUUGGUAGCACUAAGGUUGAAGCAAAGUGGUUAUACCGCUGGUUGCUCUGCUGGUGAUACCGUACCGUAUAUAAUUUGCUGUGAACAGGGUGCUACUGCAGGAAGUUUAGCAGGAAGUUUAACAGGAAUCGCCCAGCGUGCAAGACAUCCCAAUGAAUUGAAAUGUGACGACGGGAAAUGGAUUAUUGACAUUGACUACUACUUGUCACAGCAAAUACAUCCUGUGGUAUCGCGUUUAUGUGCUUCAAUCCAGGGUACAAGCCCAGAGCGUUUGGCCGAUUGCUUGGGGCUUGACUCAUCCAAGUUCCAUAGCAAAUCAAGUGAAUCUGUCAACAGUGAUCCUUCUAGCUCACUCCUGUUUGCUGUUGAUGAUGAUGAAAGAUAUCGGAGUUGCGAGCCGCUAAUCUUGUCAUGUCCCAGCUGCUCUGGUACUUUUGACUGCCCUGCUGUCUUUAGUUCCGUUUGCACGUCAAUUCUUGAGAAAUCAAAAACCCCACAAAUCGAAGAAUCUACAUCCAAUUUCUGGCGUAGAUUGCGUUGCCCUAAAUGCCCAGAGGAAGGUGACUUGGGCAGAAUAUCUCCUGCAAUGAUGGCCAAUCAGGUGAAAAGGCAAGUGGAGGGGUUCGUUUCCACAUACUAUAAGGGCAUCAUGACGUGUGAUGAUGAAACUUGUAAGCAUACCACGAGGAGUGUCAACCUGAGGGUGGUUGGUGAUUCUGAGAGAGGGACAGUUUGUCCAAACUAUCCGCGCUGCAACGGACGUCUAGUGAGAAAGUAUACGGAAGCCGAUUUGUACAAGCAACUGUCAUAUUUCUGUCACUUGCUGGACACCGUUCGCUGCGUUGAAAAGAUCCAGGCGGACGCAGGCAUUAGAAUACCACUAGAAAAGCAGUUGACCAAAAUUCGGGCCAUGGUUGAUUUAGCAGUUUCAACAGUUCAAAAAAUUAGGGACAGAUGUGCGUAUGGGUGGGUACAGCUAAGUGACCUUGCAGUCACUGUAUAA